UGCGAGGCCGGCAGAGCAGCUGCGAGCCGGGAGAGCCGGGCCACGCUCACAGCCCGCCGGACCCCCCCGCUGCCCCCGGACACGCGUGUGGCUCUGUGACCCCCCCCAACCCCCUCGCCAUGGUGGACGCCUUCGUGGGCACUUGGAAGCUGGUGGACACGGCCAAUUUCGAUGAGUACAUGAAGGCGUUGGGCGUGGGCUUUGCCACGCGGCAGGUGGCUGGUCUCACCAAACCCACCACCAUCAUCGAGGUGGAGGGCGACAAGGUCACUGUGAAGACCCAAAGCACCUUCAAGAACACUGAGAUCAGCUUCAAGCUGGACGAGGAGUUUGACGAGACCACAGCAGACGACAGACAUGUCAAGUCCACUGUCAAGCUGGAAGGAGGCAAACUCAUCCACGUGCAGAAGUGGGAUGGGAAGGAGACUUCGCUGGUCCGGGAGCUGAAGGAUGGAAAGUUAAUUCUGACUCUCACCAUGGGCAACGUCGUCUCCACCCGCACCUACGAGAAGGCAACAUAGACGCUGUCCCCAGGUCCUCAGCCUGUCCCCUGGAGCCACACUCAGCCCCUCACUGCCUCUGUCCUCGCCCCCUGCUGGGCAGGACUCACCGUGGCCUCUGAGCCCCCUGCACCCACCAGGGCUGUCUCCUGUCCCCAGUGCCUGGUGGGGCUGCUUGGGGCUUGGGUGGUGCUUUGUGGUUUGGUUUCGUUGUUAGAUUUUUUUUUUUAUUAAUAAUGGGAAAACCCACGUGGAAAAAAAAUGAAUAAAGGCCAUGUUGUUACA